GAAGAAACAAUAAUAGCGACCAAAAUGGACCAAAGUCGUAGCCGGCAACAAUGAUCGCUAUAAUAUAGGCCGGCAAAAAUUAUAGUUCAUAGAUAGUUCCAUAUUACGACGCGAUGGAGUCGCUUACACGUUCUGAUUGGAGACCACUGAAAUCAUGGAUUUCAGUGUUGGAGACCCUUUAUUUCAUGUCCUUCACCAUUACAUUAAAGAUCAUUGCUUACUGACCACUACUGACAGCUCUAACUGGCUCUGACAUGAUAUGCAUUACAUGUUUUUUUUACAACACCUAUAACCUUCGAAAAUACGUUUCUGUCGUACACAGUUCUAAAUAUUUCUGUAUCCAAUACCAAUAAUAAAUAGAAAAAAUCUGUAGCUUGGUGUAAGAAAUCAAAGAAGAUGUCGUGGAUACAAUUUGAAAGUGGCAAGGAAAAAGAUACUGCAAGACGCGCUUUGAGAGAAUCGCGAGAUAAGAUUUUAGACAAGGCCAAGACUGAAUAUCACAAGAAGCGGAUGCACGCUGAACAAGCUAAGCUCAGAGGCGACGACAAGUGGAUGUUACCCAGUGUAGAAUCAAAAAUAAGUAGUGAUGAUAAAACAACGAAGCAGCAUAAAAAACCGAAAAAGGAAAGAAAAUCCAAAAAGAAGCACCAUUCGAAAUCGAGCUCUAAUUCGGGAUCAAGUGAAGAGGAAGAAUGGGUUGAAAAAGAGAAGGCUGAAAAUUUGCCUGUAUCUGAACCACAAACACCUGCUAUUAGAGAUGAGUGGAUGAGCCUCCCAGGGUUGUUUCCUUGCAUUAAUCAUAAUGAUGAGAAAAAACGAAGAACCGAAGAAAAAGUUGAUAGGAACGGUAAGAGGAGUAUUGUUCAGCUUGAUACGAGCGAAAGAGAACUGAAUCCAUAUUGGAAAAAUGGAGGUACAGGAUUACCGGAAACUGAAGAUAGCAGGAACGCUAACAACAAAAUAGAUGUCAGAUGGUUGAGAAAAAGUUUACAGCGAGCUCAAGAAGAAGCUGCAGAAACAGGCAAGAGUUUGGAAGAAGUCGCUGCUGAAAGAUGGGGGUCUUUGGCAAAGCUAGAAUCCAUGAUUGCCAAGGGUGGAAAUAAAUCUCAAAAGACAGUCGAUUUGAGAGAGCAAUCUGAUGGGCGAAAGGAAUGCAGCAGGAAUGAAAGAAAUAUUGCUUCGAACAGAAGUAAGCAGAGGUCGCGGUCUAGAAGCAGAGAGAGGCAUAGAUCAGAUGAUAAAGAUCGAAACACGAGUUCGAGGGGGUACAGAUCUAGGAGUCGAGAGAAAUACACGUAUCACAAGGAAUCUGACUUUCGACAGAAAAAAUUGGCCUUUAAAAGACCUAGCGAGGAUGAUCAAACGAGCGUACCAAGUACUAGCAAAUCUUCAUCCACGCGUUCACGGAACUGGAAGAAACCUGAAUCUCUUAAAAGAGAUGUGCCGAGAGAUUCAGUCAAAAUUAGGUCUGAAUCAUUGCCAGAGAGUAAGGUCGAUUCUGAUGAUGGACUUGAAAAGAUAGAGGCGGAAGAUAUCAUAAUGACAGAAACAGAGAUGAAUCAGUUGGGAGCCAGAAUUGUUAAAUGUGAAAUAAUGGGUGAUAAUAAUUUGGCCAUCGAAUUGAAAACUAAACUGGAGAAAGCUAGAGAAGCGCGCAAGAAUGCUUCUUUGAAACCAACUAUAGUUCGCGAAGAGACCGAUGUUAUAUUGACUAAAACUGACGUGAAAGGAAUGACAAGGCCCGUAGAACCGAGGAGUGAAUACAAAGAGCCUAAGGGUGGUCGUAGGAAAAAUAAGAAGGUUGAUACUCACGAGGAUGGCCACAGAGUUAGAUAUUUCGCAGACGACGACAAAUUUUGCAUCAAAGACAUGUUUCAGCAAGAGAAAGGACGUUCAACAAACGAGGAUGAUGCGAUGUUCACAAAAAUUGCUUCUAAGAAUAUGGAUAUGGACGAAAUGUUUGAGGACCAAGUACGUGUCAAGGAAAAAGAUACUAGACAAGACGAACGUGAUCGUCUCCAAGCAAUAAAACAGCAUGAAAGAAUGUCCAAGAGUCUUGACAAGUGUAGAUGGUGCAUUGAUUCAAAACAGAUGCUAAAGCAUAUGAUCGUUGCGAUGGGUUCUAAGGUAUACAUGAGCUUACCUUCGUAUGGAUCUUUAACUUCUGGACACUGCAUUAUUGCUCCGAUACAUCACGUAAUCUGUCAGACACAGCUAGACGAAGAUGUUUGGGAAGAGCUACAGGCCUUCAGAAAAGCGUUGACUAAAAUGUUCAUGGAUCAAGAAGAGGAUGUUGUGUUCUUCGAGACAUCUAUGGUACAUCGCAAAUUCCCUCACAUGCAGUUGGAAUGUGUACCACUGCCAAAAGAGAUUGGAGAUUUGGCGCCACUUUAUUUCAAGAAAGCUUUGUUGGAAUGUGAAACGGAAUGGUCGACGAAUAAAAAACUCAUCGAUCUCAGUACCAAAAAUGUUAGAAAAUCAAUACCAAAAGGUUUACCUUAUUUUGCCGUGGACUUUGGUAACGAAGGCGGUUUUGCACACGUAAUCGAAGAUGAAGAAAUGUUCCCACGGUAUUUUGCACAGGAAAUCAUUGGUGGGAUGUUGGACUUGGACCGGAAUUUAUGGCAUAAACCAAAGAGGGAAAAUUUCGAUCAGCAAAGAUCGAAGGUAAUGGAAUUUGCCAAAAUUUGGAAGAAUUACGACUUUACCACCAGUAAUGACUCUUGAGUGAUGCUAAAAACAUUUUAAAUAUGGUGGACUAACAUACGUAGUAGUUUUGUACUGCGAGGAACAAUAUAUUACGAUCACAAUCAACAACUAAUCAAAUAUCCUUUUUGUAAAAACGCAAAA